UAUUUACAAUGACUGGAGGCACCCCACCUAAACGUUCCCCACUGUGGAUCGGCACCCACAGCGGUACUUUCCAUUGCGAUGAGGUGGUCGCAUGUUUCAUGCUCAAACAACUGGAGGAGUUUAAAAAUGCAGAGAUUUUCCGAAGCCGGGACGACAAGGCCCUGCGGGAAAAGUGCGACAUUAUUGUGGAUGUGGGUGGCGAGUAUGAUCCGGCCAAGAAAUGGUUCGAUCACCAUCAGCAAACCUUCAAGGAAACCUUCAAGUCCAUUCGCCCGGAAGUCAGCGAGGAAUUCAACGUUAUCAGGUUAAGCUCUGCUGGCUUGGUUUACAGCCACUACGGCGAGCGGGUCAUCCAGAGCAUCCUUCAGCGGGAGAAGGGCAUUCAACUCUCGCCGGCCAACCUGCAACUGGCCUUCGUCCAGAUCUACAGGAAUUUCAUCAGCGAACUGGACGCCAUCGACAAUGGUGUGCCCCAGUUUGAGGGCGGCGAGCCAGUCUACAAGAUCUCCAGCCAUCUAUCCGCCCGCAUUGGCAAGCUGAAUCCCUCCUGGCAGGAAACUGGCGUGGACAUUGAACAGCGAUUCAGACAGGCAAUGGAAAAAGCUGGCCAGGAGUUCGUGGACAACGUUGUGGAGGUGGCCUGCUCUUGGAUUGCCGCCAGGGAUCAUGUGCGAGAGGCCCUGGAACAGGCGAAAAGCGUUUAUCCCUCCGGCGAGAUUCUCGUUCUGAAGAUCUUCUGCCCCUGGAAGGCUCACCUGGCCGAUCUGGAGAAGGAGUACAAGGUGGAGGGCGUGCCCAAGCUGGUCAUCUUCAACGACGGCAGCAGCUGGCGGGUGGCCGGAGUCCCAGUGACGCCCAGCAGCUUUCUGGGUCGCAAGUUCCUGCCGAGUCCCUGGCGAGGAUUGAGGGACGAUGAACUGAGCGAGAAGGCGGGCAUCAAGGAUCUGGUGUUUGUGCACCACAGCGGUUUUAUUGGUGGAGCCAAAACCGAGGAGGCUGCCAUGCUGUUGGCCAAGAAGACCAUCGAGUGGACAGAUGAGCAAUGAGCUACCA